UCUUAGGGAACAUUAGAUAGCCCAGCAGUCUCUACAUCAAAAUGGAUUUCUCUUCUCAAACAAUUACAGGGUUAAGUACCUUGCUGUUUCUCUUUGUUUUAUGGAGAAGUCUAGCCAGAAAGAGCAAAAGCAAGAACAUCAAUGUUCCUGAGCCUACUGGAGCGUGGCCCUUGAUUGGUCACUUUCAUCUUCUAGCUCGCCAAGAGCCAGCCUGCAGAAUCCUUGGUGAUAUUGCUGAUAAAACUGGCCCUUUGUACUCACUCAGGCUCGGCAUCAAUCGAAUAAUGGUGGCCAGCGGUUGGGAAGUUGUAAAGGAAUGCUUUACUACCAAUGACAGAAUUUUUGCUACUAGAGCUAGCAUAGCAGCAGGAAAAUACAUUGGUUAUAACAAUGCUAUCUUCGCAUUAGCCCCUUACGGACAAUAUUGGCGCGACGUUAGAAAGCUUGCAACUCUCAAGCUUUUAUCAAGUAACCGUCUCGAAAAGCUUAAGCAUGUUAGGCUAUCUGAAGUGGACACAUUCUUGAAAGAUUUGCACAAUCUUUAUGUAGAGAGUGCGGACAGUAAUCAUGCGAAAGUAAUCAUAAACACAUUGUUCGAGCGGCUUACAUUCAAUAUAAGCCUGAGGAUGAUAGUAGGGAAGCAAUUUUCGAGCAGCACUUAUGGUGAGGAAAACAGCGAGCCAUGGCGGUAUAAGAAAGCUAUAGAAGAAGCUGUAUACCUAAGUGGGACUUUUGUCAUGUCGGAUGCAAUUCCAUGGCUAGAAUGGAUAGAUCAUCAAGGUCAUAUCAGUGCCAUGAAGAGGACUGCUAAGGAACUUGAUGCAGUGAUAGAGACUUGGCUAGAGGAACAUAUUAAGAAAAGAUCAUCAGAUGAAUGCCAUAAAGGUGAAAAUGACUUCAUGGAUGUAAUGCUCUCAGACCUUGAUGAAGAUGCUGUGAUGUCUGGCCAUUCACGUGAUACAGUCAUCAAGGCAACAGCUAUGAUUCUUACCCUCACUGGAUCUGGAAGCACAGCAGUAACAUUGACAUGGGCACUUUCGCUGCUACUAAACAACCCAGGUGUACUAAAAGCAGCACAAGAAGAGCUAGACAUCCACGUGGGGAGGGAAAAAUGGGUACAAGAAUCUGAUAUUGAGAACCUGAAAUACCUCCAAGCAAUUGUCAAAGAAACUCUACGCCUAUACCCACCUGGUCCACUUACAGGUAUACGCGAGGCCUCGGAAGACUGUAACCUCGGUGGGUAUUUUGUCCCUAAGGGAACACGUUUAAUCAUUAACAUAUGGCAGUUGCAACGUGACCCUCGAGUAUGGAAAGAUCCAGGAGAAUUUCAACCUGAGAGAUUCCUGACAACUCAUUCUGAUGUAGAUUUUAGGGGUCAAAAUUUUGAGUUCAUACCUUUUAGCUCAGGCCGAAGAUCAUGCCCUGCAAUUACUUUUGGCUUGCAAGUUGUUCACCUGACCCUUGCUAGGGUACUUCAGGGAUUUGAUUUAACUACAAUUGGUGGUUUGCCUGUGGAUAUGACUGAAGGGCUGGGAAUUGCGUUGCCCAAGGUAAAUCCUGUAGAGGUUAUCAUCAAGCCUCGUCUCGGUUUGGAGCUCUAUCAAUGUCUUUGAAGCUACAUAGUAAAUGUCAUUUUAAGUUAAUGCUCUGGGUAACCUGAGGCAUGUUAACAAUAAAUGUAUGAGCUUUUAUGUUUCUACUGUCUCAGUAUGGUCAUAUAAAAAUAAAAAUUGUGAAGUAAUUUGGUUUUA